UUUUUUCCUCGCAAAAACAAACCAACCUCUGAUACCUUAUUUCUUAAGAUUCCCACAAUGGCGGCGACCUACGGUGGUUUUACAACCCAAAACUCUUCCCAGAGAGCUGUAGCCAUGGUGCUAGCCCUGGUUUCUGCAGUAGUGCUUUCUCCAUUGUACGCGAACCGGAAAAAUGAUUACCGUCACGAUGCAAGUUGGAGCUCUGGCUUUGUUCUACCUAUGGUUCUUGCGGGGUUAAUAGUUGCCAUCAAAACCACUUCAUCAAUGCCAAUGCAGAGAGGGAGCAGCAGAGCUACAUUGUUUCCAUCUGCAGACCCAUCUUGGGUGCUUAGAAUUGGGGGUUCGUCUUGGGGACUCGCUGGAAUUUUGAUCAUGCUCAUGCUUGUGCUGUCAUGGCAAGAUUCAGUUCAACACUUCUUCUGGAGAUAGACAACUAAUUCAACCAUCUAUUACCUUUUUUCUUCUAUUGUCCUAUCCUAUCAUGGUAUUAUUGUUAGUUUAAUAAUGUAGUAAGUUGUGGAAGUAAAUGAAGUUUGAUAUUAUGAUUUACAUCCACAGUUGCCCAAGG